GAUUUUAGACGAAGUACUCUUGGUGAGAAGUUCGGGAUCACGUGACCACGUUGCUACAGAAACGACUUUUGCAUGGCUAACUAGUCGAGUGAGUGUCUCGUUCUCCUCUGAGGGUUGUUUCUAAAGCUGAAGAUGGCACCAAAGGCGAAAACUAAAAAGGCCCGUAAGGGGAAAACAUCCACGGUGAUGGAGGCUCCGUCCAAUAACGAGCUGUCAAAGGAUCAGCUCUGGGAGGAAGGCCUCCUUCGGCUCCAGGAGGAGCUGGACAGAGUCCGGGAGGAGAAACGAAACUUCCAGCUGGAGAGGGACAAGUACCAGUCCGCCUGGGAAAUCUCAAAGGAGGAACUGGAAGACACGGAGGCUCGAGUGAGAUUUAAGAGGAGGCAGACGGAGGAAGGCAGGGAGCGCCAUCGAGCAGAGAUCUCUGACUACCAGCAGAGGCUGAAGAACAUGCUGGCAGAGCAGAGCAACAGCGUGUCCGACCUGAAGAAGCUCAACGUCUCCUCCUCUUUGCUGCUCCGGAACCAGAUCACCGAGCGGGAGGUGGAGCUGUGCAAAGAGUACGAGCGGCUGCAGGCGGCCUGCAGGGAGAGGAAGUUCCUGAAGGAGACCUCCGUGAGGAACCUGGAGCUGAAACACCAGGAGGAGCUGAUGAAGAUGAGCAGACACUACGAGCGCCAGCUGAGAGACGUGGCAGACACAUUUGAGGUUAGGAGGAAGAAUCUGCUCCAGCGAAAGCAAACCCAAAUACAGAGCAAGAUCUCCUCCCUGGACAAGGCCAUCAAAGCCCGCUUGGACUCCCUGAUUACUGAUAACUUAAAGAAGCUGGGAGAAUUACAGCUGGCGUGGGAUAAGGAGGAGGAAGAAGAGGAUCCACCUUCAUUUGAGCAGCAGAACAAACCUCUGCCGAAGAGGAAACCUCCGCUGAGGAGAAAACUUCUGCUGGAGGAGAAAACUGAACCGGAAGUCCAAGAGAAACAGUUUGAGCUUCAGGAGCCGCAGCAGAAACACCGCCUGAAGGACUUGAUGACGAGGCGGCGCUCCCGUCAGAAGGAGAUUGACAAAGAGCUGAGGGAAGAAAUGGUGAAAAACGAGUUUCUGCUGCAGGCCUGCAUCCAGCUGGAGCAGGAGUGCAGCGAUCUGCGGAGGAGAGGGACGGAGAGCGUCCUGGACAUUCAGCAGAGGAGUAGCGUGGAGGAGAUGCGGCUGCAGAGGAGGGUGGCGGAGAUGUCGGAGGCUGUGGAGAGGACGGAGGUGAAGCUUCUGAGCGUGCUCGCACUGACGAACACCAACCAGGAGACGCGUAACGAUGCGGCCAAAAGAUUGCAGGAGAUCUUUGAGUCCAAACAGGCCCAAAUGGACUCCAUGAAACAGACUCUGGAGGGAGACUGUAAGGAAUACGAUGAGCUGCUGCAGACCCGGAAAGACAAGCUGAGGGCUGCAGGGGUGCACAGCUUCCCCUUUAAGUCAGCAAAGACCAUCCUGAAGGCUGCCAAACCCCUCCCUGACAUCCUCCAGGCUACAGGCUGCUCCACCUUUAAUGCCCACAAACAAGUCAUGUGAAUGCAUCCUGUGGUUGACAGGUUAAAAAAAUACUUAAUAAAAACAGCUAAAUCAAACAAGUAUAGAACGUCUGCAGGGGAAUAGCUGUAAGUAUAGAUAACAGUCUGGGACCACUUGAAUGUUUUCAGACCUCAGUCUUCUGUGCAGAACACCUUCAUCCUGCUGAGAAGCUCCUCAUCCUCCUCUUUUUUCUAGUCCUGCUGCACUUUUUGUUAGUUUCUGUUGAACUUUAUUUUCUGUCUUUAAGUUAUGUUAGAGACGCAACAUUUGAGAAAUUAUUUGAUUUGAUGAUUUGGGAAAACAUCAUAUCAUUGACAUCUGGUGGCCACUGAAGUCAGAUUUUUAACUUGAAUUUAAUUAAUAUAUAUAUUAGUGGUUUAAACCCCCCUCUGUGUGAAAAGAUUUUUCAUUUUCAUGUGUUUGGUGGUUCUUCUGUACACAUGAACAUCAAUAUUUGUUGGGGGUGAUUCUGAAUAACUGUGAAACUAUGUCUGAUUUUCUACCUUUAGGGUUACAGUGUAAAUAAAAAAAUAAUUGUAACUGU